CCCAGGAAAAAGUCGGUGAAAAAAAAUGUCGGGCUCCAAGGUGAAAGUGGCAGUGAGGGUCCGGCCGAUGAACCGACGAGAAAUUGAACUCAACACAAAGUGUGUGGUGGAAAUGGAAGAGAAUCAGACCGUCCUUCACCCACCGCCUUCCACCAACGCGACCAAGGGAGACAACAGGAAAGUCCCUAAGGUAUUUGCUUUUGACUAUUGCUUCUGGUCCAUGGAUGAAGCCAACAAAGCAAAAUAUGCAGGUCAAGAAAUUGUUUUCAAGUGCCUUGGUGAAGGCAUACUUGAGAAUGCAUUUCAAGGUUAUAAUGCAUGUAUCUUUGCCUACGGGCAGACAGGCUCAGGAAAAUCUUUCUCAAUGAUGGGCAACGUCGAGCAGCCGGGCCUUAUUCCCCGUCUAUGUGGUGCUUUGUUCGAAAGAGUCUCGAAAGAAGAGUGUGAAUCUCACACAUUUAAAGUGGAAGUAUCGUACAUGGAGAUCUACAACGAAAAAGUCCGGGACCUCCUUGAUCCAAAAGGGAGUCGCCAUUCCCUGAAAGUGCGAGAGCACAAGGUCCUGGGCCCCUAUGUAGAUGGAUUGUCACAGUUGGCUGUUACUGGGUUUGAGGAUAUUGAGUCUCUGAUGUCCGAAGGGAACAAAUCUCGAACGGUUGCUGCCACCAACAUGAAUGAAGAAAGCAGCCGCUCCCACGCUGUGUUCAACAUUAUUUUAACUCAGACACUUUAUGAUGUCCAAAGUAGUACCUCCGGAGAAAAAGUGAGCAAGCUGAGCCUUGUGGACCUGGCUGGGAGUGAGAGGGUUUCGAAGACGGGAGCUGCAGGGGAACGACUGAAGGAAGGCAGCAACAUUAACAAAUCUCUUACCACCCUGGGGUUAGUUAUUUCUGCAUUGGCUGAUAAAGUAGGAGGGAAGAGCAAAAACAAGUUUGUGCCUUACAGAGACUCUGUGCUCACCUGGCUUCUCAAGGAUAACUUGGGAGGAAACAGUAAAACCGCCAUGAUAGCCACCAUUAGCCCCUCCGGGGACAACUACGAAGAAACAUUGUCCACACUGAGGUACGCAGACCGGGCAAAGCGAAUCGUCAACCACGCAGUGGUUAAUGAAGAUCCAAAUGCCAAGAUCAUCCGAGAGCUACGUGAAGAGGUGGAGAAACUUAAGGAGCAGCUGAACCAGGCAGAGUCACUGAAAGCUCCAGAGCUCAAGGAGAAAUUGGAUGAAUCAGAAAAACUCAUAAAAGACCUGACUGUCACCUGGGAGGAGAAACUGAGGAAAACGGAGGAAAUCGCACAGGAGAGGCAAAAGCAACUUGAGAGUAUGGGCAUUUCUCUGGAGUCAUCUGGUAUCAAAGUUGGGGACGACAAAUGUUUUCUGGUCAACCUGAACGCUGAUCCUGCACUCAAUGAACUUCUUGUGUAUUAUUUGAAGGCUCACACCAGAGUUGGGGCAGAUAAAUCUCAGGACAUUCAGCUGUGUGGGAUUGGAAUUCAGCCUGAGCACUGUGUCAUUGACAUUGCACCAGAUGGGGAUGUUAUCCUCACCCCCAAGGAAAAUGCCAGGACCUGCUUGAAUGGUGCUCUGUUACGUGUUCCAAACUCCCUCUGGCACGGGGACAGAAUUCUAUGGGGAAACAACCACUUCUUUAGAAUUAAUCUACCUACGAGGAAGAGGAGGGACAAGUUAAAAGAAUAUGAAAGUGAGGCAACUCGCGAAGGUGCCACAGAACAGGACAUGGAGACGGCAAGUGAAGCUUCCUCCGAACCGGACUAUAGCUAUGAGUUUGCACAGAUGGAAGUCAUGAUGAAAGCCCUGAGCAGUAAUGAUCCUGUACAGAAUGUCGUGCAGAUUCUCGAGAAGCAGUACCUGGAGGAGAAACAUAAUGCACUGGAAGAGCAGCGGCUGAUGUAUGAACGGGAGCUGGAACUGCUUCGGCAGCAGCUAUCCCCAGACAAACUGCACAGACACAGCAUCGAGAGGCUGUCCUUCACCUCACAAACCGCACAGCAGAAAGUCAAACUUUGGUCUGAAGAGAGAGAUCAGCUGUUCCGGCACAGCCUGGCCAAGCUGAGAGAGCAGAUAGUGAGAGCCAACACUUUGGUGAGAGAGGCCAACUUUCUGGCAGAAGAGAUGACCAAGCAGACGGAUUACCAAGUCACCCUGCAAAUCCCAGCAGCAAACCUCAGUGCUAACAGAAAGAGAGGAGCGAUUGUGAGUGAGCCAGCGAUUCAAGUGCGGCGCAGGGGAAAAGGCACCCAAGUGUGGACCAUUGAGAAGCUGGAGAACAAACUGAUUGACAUGAGGGAUCUCUAUCAGGACUGGAAGGAGAAGGAUAUGGUGGAGUAUUACAAUAAAAUUCUCAGUAAACGUGGGGAUCCUUUCUACGAGGCUCAGGAAAACCAUAACCUGAUUGGUGUAGCGAAUGUCUUCUUGGAGUGUCUGUAUCACGAUGUGAGGCUUCAGUAUGCGGUUCCUAUCAUCAGCCAGCAGGGGGAGGUAGCCGGACGACUGCAUGUGGAGCUCAUGCGUGUGAGCGGUGCUGUUCCCGAGCGUCUGGAAGGCGGGGAUGAUUCCUCUGAGAACUCCAGCGAAAGCGGGAGCUACGAAGUCAUGGACAGCAAUGGCGAAAUCGUGCACAUGGCAAAGAAAUUAACCUGCAGGGUAAAAAUAAAAGAAGCGACAGGAUUGCCCCCCAACCUCUCAAACUUUGUCUUCUGCCAAUACACCUUUUGGGAUCACUCCGAACAAACAGUGGCUCCUCCCAUGGUUAACCCAGAUAUGCCGUCCAUUCAAAACAAGGCUGUUCAAUAUACUGUCAAAUUCGACCACUGUAAGGAUUUUGUGGUACAUGUUACCGAGGAGUUCCUGGAGUUUAUUUCAGAAGGAGCUCUAGCAAUUGAAGUAUGGGGCCAUCGAUGCGCAGGUAAUGGCAGGACCCACUGGGAGGUUGAUGCACUGCAAGCAAAAACUCGCACACUGCGAGACAGGUGGAGUGAAGUCACACGUAGGAUUGAGAUGUGGAUCUCCGUUCAAGAGCUGAAUGAAAUGGGAGAGUACACUGCAGUGGAACUGAAUCAAGCAAAGGACGUCAACACAGGGGGUGUCUUCCAGCUGAGACAGGGUCACUCCCGCAGGAUUCAGGUUGCAGUCAAACCUGUCCAGCACUCUGGGACGUUGCCACUUAUGGUGGAAGCUAUUCUAGCUGUCUCUGUGGGAUGCAUCACUGCUCGGUCCACUAAACUCCAGAGGCCCUUGGAUAGUUACCAGAAAGAGGAGAAGGAGGAUAUGGAUAGUUAUCAGGAGGAAGAUUUGAACGAGGUCCGAGAGAAAUGGUCUGACGCAUUGAUGAAGCGUCGAGAAUACUUAGAUGAACAAAUUCAGAAAGUCAUAAAGAAACAAGAAAAAACCGAAGAUGACGUAGAGCGGGAGGCACGGCUGGUGGAACAAUGGGUCGGUCUGACCGAGGAGAGGAAUGCUGUGCUUGUACCGGCUCCAAGCAGUGGAAUCCCAGGAGCUCCUGCUGACUGGAUACCACUGCCAGGAAUGGAAGCUCACUUUCCAGUACUCUUCCUUGAUUUAAAUGCCGAUGAUCUCAGUGCCAAUGAGCAGCUCACAGGUCCCCACGCACCAGGAGUGAACUCGAUCUUACCAAAGGAACAUGGCAGCCAGUUCUUCUAUUUGCCCAUCAUCAAGCACAGUGAGGAGGAGGUCUCGGCAGUUGCAUCCUGGGACACCUCGGUCCACGAUUCUGUGCAUUUAAACAAAGUGACUCCGCAGAAUGAGCGGGUUUAUUUGAUUGUAAAGAGUACAGUGCAGCUGAGCCACCCAGCUGCUGUGGAACUAGUACUACGCAAGCGAAUUGCUGUCAAUGUUUACAACAAGCAGAGUUUUACGCAGAGUUUGAAACGACGAAUGUCCUACAAAAACAUUCUGCAUUCCUGUGGCGUUACAUAUGAAAUAGUCUCAAACAUACCGAAGGCCUCAGAAGAGCCUGAGGAUCGAGAGACCCUGGCAUUAAUGGCAGCAAAGGGUGAAAUCGACAGCUCGGGCAAUGGAGAAACCUACAUUGAGAAAUAUACCAGAGGAGUGUUGGAGGUGGAGAACAUCCUGAGCCUGGAGCGCCUCCGUCAGGCAGUCACAGUCAAAGAAGCACUUUCAUCCAAAGGAAGGCAUAUGAAGAGGAGUAUCAGCACACCUAACGUGCACCAUGUCUCCAAUAGCCGAUUAGAUGUCUCUGGAUAUGAGGAUGAAGAGUACAGGGGUCGUUCGGAAAGUCAUCAUGACAUUUCUGACUGCCUGUCUAACUCUCAGGACUGUUCCUGGUAUGCAACCCUACCGAAAGAUUCCCCGCGCCGAGUGAAAGAUACUGCAGGUUCCACACCAGAGAGCCCACACUCGUUCAUGGGGAGUCCCCUCAAAGCCUUUUCUCCUCAGCCACCGAAGUUCCUGAAAUCGCUAAUGCCUGUGAAAGAGGAACGGAAAGGCAAGCAGCUCAUAGAGUCCAAACCACUACUGGGAAAUGAGAGCAUGUCUCCCAUUCAGGAUAAAAGCAUGCUGAUACAUAGCACUAGCAGUGUUGUGCCUACAGGAAGCAGUGCCACAAACAUGCCAGUAGAAAGCAGUAACCAAAAUGAGGAUACGUUUGACUCCGAAGAAGAGGAUUUUGAAGUCGAGAGCAUCAACAAGAAAAUCAGUGGUUCCCAAGGUUUUCACAAUUUGCAACCUUACAUUCCUGAAGAUUUUGCAGACUUUGAAGUGUACAAUGCUAGCCUAGAGAACAGGGAUAUGUUUUCCUCCAAACCAGAAUUCUUGAGCUCUCGCCUCCUUGAAAACGAGGUCUCUCGCAGUCCAACUACCAGCAGUAUGACCAGUGGCUACUUCUCCCACAGUGCCUCCAAUGCAACCCUCUCUGACGCAGUGUUCACUGGCAGUGAAAGCACUGACCAGCUGGCCAGCCAGGUGAGAGACCCUGAGCUACAUGACACAAUGUCGCGGGCCAGCAUAUCCCAUUUGAAAUCACCUUCUGAGAAAGAAGAGGAAAUUGAGGGGCAAAGCAGCGACUUGAAGAAAGACUCACACAGAAAAAUACCGCUCCCCAAAAAUUGUGCCUUUGUGAAUGAAACCUCAGUAUUGCAGCAGUUUAUUGAGUCAAAGUCAAUACUGGUCUAUAGAUCCAUAUCAGAUGUGUGCGCAUCGGAGACUUUGACCUGCACAAAUCCAUUAUCACAGGAUGCUAUGUCAGACGAUACAGGAGAAGAUCAUUCUUUCAGCUCAGUAGUGAAUGUAGGAAUGUUUAACAGCCAGGAUUUCACAGAUUUUCAGGGGGUUGAGGAAACCAAGCAGGACCUGGAGCCUGCUGACGAAGCCAUGGUCUACAGCACAGGUUCAUCCUCUGACUCCAACCGCCUUUCUGUAGAUAGUCUGGAAAUGGAUGAGAAGUGGCAGAGUACUCCAGUGGGAUGUGCUAAUGACCUUUCCAGACUACCCGAGGAGCCGUGCAGUGUUGUAUGUGACCAGUCGCAAACGGCAGUGCUCGAUAACAGGUUAGCACAUACCCUGGGUAGCCCACAGUACUGUGAGGAAGCUGACCACGAAGAAGCCUUGGAUAACUCUCCAAGCCCAAAUAACCCUGUUGCAAAGAGCCAUUCAGAUUCCUCAGAUUUUGAGGACAGUGCCUCGGGAGAGCAGGGUGAGCCUAUACCAAGCUGGGUCACACCGGGAGAGCUCGUGUCUAUUGGAAACAAGAUUGGAACCAUUCGAUAUGUUGGUGCGGUGGAUUUCUCUGCUGGGAUCUGGAUUGGGGUGGAACUUGAAACUCCAGCAGGGAAGCAUCAGGGCACCAUUCAAGGGAAAGAAUACUUCCAAUGUAGUCCAGAUUACGGGAUCUUUGUACGUCCAAACCGACUCGUCAGAGUCAACACAGUAAAGCAGCGUAAUAGCACUUCUCAAGGUCAGAGUUCCACCAACCAUGAGAAGCGGAAAAGUGCCAGCCCUCCCAGACCCCAGACCACCUCAUCCAUGAAACCAGAAGGAGCAGUGCUUCAUCAGUCUGGAGAUACAGCAACUUCCAGGAAACCGAAUAACAGAAAGUCCUGGAUUAACUGAGUUCCAACGUUUGCACUUAAUACACAUCACUGUAUAGAACUUUAGUGGAGUGUUUUAUAGAAUGUACAUUGCUUUUUUAAAAAUAUAUAUUAUAUAUUACUGAUUGUGUGAUAUAGAAAAUAGCCUAAAUUCUUUCAAUUUUACGUUAUUUUAAAAAGGAUAUCUGUUGAUAACAUCUUAAAAGCACACAGAAACUUGGCGAAGUAAAUGUUCCCAAGACUUCUGUUAAUACAGCAUCAGCUUCUAAUAUUACAAAGUAAUAUUUGAGGUGUAUUUUAAUCAGGAAAUAGAUACUUUAUUAAUACAAACACAACUGGGAUGGAAAUCACAACAUGAAAAUCUGUAAAUUUGUUCUCAAUUACCAAAGAUCUUGAUUAGUUUCAAAAAAUUUUUUGCGUUGUUUGCCCAUUUUAAAAUUGUGUUCCAACUUGUAGAUAUGUUUUUAGUAACCUGUGCCAUGUUGAGGGGGGUGUUCCUCUGUAUUAUGCUGCCUUAUUUUUGUGCCCAAUGAGCGCACUGAAGCAAAACUGACCUUUUCUAUUCAGCUUUGUCUUCCAAAGCUUGCCACUGUGCUGACUUGGCAUUGCAGUAUAAAUUGGUGUACAUUCAAUCGACAUGUUGAACUCAAUGCCUGAGACUUUGUAUGUUGCAGGUCUGAACGUUAAUGCUCUGAUUUGCCUGUUCGGCAGUUUAUUGCUAAAACAGUAUUACUGCAGGAAUGCAGGGGGUAGACUGCAGAUUUGUUGCAAAGGUUUACGAAAAGCUGUGUAUGCAUGCAUGCGUUUGCUGAUGGAAGCAAAGUGAUGGUACAUUUGGCAACAAUAUUGUAUAUAAUGGGAGAUCUUGUUGGAUGAUUGGUUAAAUAAUUUAUACAUAGAUUAUAUAUAAUGACUUGAGGGAUUUUCUGCAUUCCUGUGCAGUAAAAGAUGUAAUCCAAUGGACUAAACACUGUUUCAAGAAGCCAUCCAGUGUACAUAGAGUUGUGCAAAAUUGUUGGUACGUAAGAGGCGGUCUGUGAAAAGAACUGUCCGACUGUCAGUUUUAAUAAUGAAAAACUUGGGACUUGCUCAAGAGCUGCUGUUCUUCUGAAUUAGUUUUGUAUAAAUAUUUUCCUCCUUUAGUUUUUUUUGUAUUACUGUGUACAGUUGUAAUUUAUAUUUUAUUUCAGCAAUACUGUAUUUAAUUGGUACAGAAUUUCAGUGUUUUAGAAUACAAACUGUACUUCAGCUUGGAAA